AUGGACGACUCCGAUGCACCACCAUGGCAACCUGGUAAUCGACACUUAACACCCAGUUCUGGAUACCUGUGGAACUCCGAAGAACUUCGUUCGCAGUCUAAUACUAUCCAUCCUAUCGCUGCCUCUACUAGAGAUCCAGAUCCCUUGACAGAUAGUUUUUUGCUUUCUGCAAACAGCAACACUACGAGCAGCGUGUAUUUCAAUCCUUCGACAUUGCACCAUCCACGCGCCGUCAUGGAGAAUGAAGUUACCAUGUCUGAUAUUGACUUUAGUGAGGAUGAAGAAGAUGUCCCAGCUAGCUCAAGCAUUGUUGGAAAUGAUCAACAACAAAGUACAUCAUUUUUUAACGCCCUCUUAGCACAACCUUCUGAUUUGAAUGGUACCGUAGGUUUUGCAGGCGACUACCUUCAUGCCGACAAUAAACCUCCAAGCUUCAUGAGUUUGAUGGGCGAUGCAGGUAACGACCAAUAUGCCAACCAUACAAUGUUUUCCAGUUUCCAGUCAAACCCAAAUACAUUCUUCGGCUCAGGAGGUCACCAAACCCUUGCGCCUCGUCGCGGUAAUAUCUUCGUCUUUGGUUCCGACCAGGCAGGUCAAGAUAAAGGUACAUGUUUGAUUAACAACAACCAAAGUACAAUCAACACCACGAUCCCUAUGUUUGGCCACGGUAAUGACUAUGGCAUGGAAUAUAACGCUGUGACACAAGUAGAGCGUCGGCACACACCACAACAAGUCGUCCCAAACUAUGGAGACCAUAUGUCAAUCACUUCUCACGCCAACAUGACAUUGACUCAAGGUGUCGUCGGUGCCACUCGACAUCAUAUUCUUGAUAAUGUGCCUUCCAUCGCAGAAUCAACUCCAUAUGCCGUCUACAAUCAACGAGAACGCAUGCCCGGCAAUUUUUCUUCUAAUAUGGCACCAAGCCAAGUCAUCCUAAACUCCCGAUCUCAUACAACCACCAAGCCUCGUUACAAGUUGGGUGAUCGAAGAGUUCUAGGUCCAGUCGGCACAGGCUUAGAUAUCACCAGUAGGGAAUCAAACCAACAUACCAUCCGCAACCAUCAAGACCACAUGUCUUCAGUCUAUGGCCACAAGGGCGCUGGAGAUGAUAGACGCCCAUUCGGUGAGUUGAGUAGGUCAUCAACGUCUGAACCUCGUACUGGACACUUGCAACAAGCUAGCCCAUUAGGUGAGUUGAGAACUGCCUCCGCAUCUGCGGAAUACACUAACAUGAUCGCAGGCAGCGGACAACAACCAGAUAAUAUAGUUUCUUUCGACGAUCCCCAAGCCCACAUGUCAGUCGAUCCAAACUAUUGGCCAGCCCAAUUCCCCAAUAACCUACCUGGCUACAUGUUUACUAUAUCUCGUGAUGCCUCUGCUGCGAAAUCUUCAACCAACGGUUCAUUUGAGACAGGAGUGCUCGAACCCGAGGCUUUACAAGGAAAUCCUCGUAAAGUCCACAACGACGCCAACGACGAGAAUUGGAUCCGCGAAGAAGCUGCUAGCUGGGAUACCUUUCAAAACGUUGACCUGAACUCGGACCACGAACCUCAGAUUACAAAAGAUAAGAUCAAAUUAUCCAAGGCAUUGAAGAAAUGGAUCCGUGAAGAGAAUCGGAGAUCUGGAGAGACCUUUGUACUUCCUGACUUGGACCCUCGCCACGAGUCUUACGAAAGAAAAUAUCUGUUCGAUGUAGUAUACGCAUACCAUCCCCCGAAUGUCAAGAAUUACUACUUUCGAGAUCACCGAAAUCAAUGUGUUUGUCUCAUGGCCGAUGCCAAUACUCUCACAAGAACUUUUGAAAAAUCGGGGGAUGUCUUUCCUACGCCUCUUGACGACAUAUAUCCGGUUGAUUGGAAUACAAACGUCGAUGUCAAUAUUAAAGAUUCCUUGAAUCCUGACAAACAAAAGGUGUUGAAUGACCUCCGCAAUGCUUUCUGCUCGGCCGCCAAGUACGUCAAUCGCACUCAAAAGCAGGUUCCUUGGAUGAUCUUUCAUGACAAGAAAGUAGAAUUCACGACUACUGAUAUCGCCAUUGCGGCUCUCAUCCCUCCUGCUACAAGAGAGUCGAUAAAACAGAUCGUCAGGAGAAUUUCAAAUUCGAUUUUCACCGGUGCCAAAUAUGGUGGAUCGUUUCGUCUUUAUCUUCCUAGACGACAUCGUGGACACGACCAUAGGUGGCAGAGGACUUAUCUUUCCAACGAAGAACGUAGUGAUACCUUCGGCCUAAUCAGAAAAUUCCUUCACGAGAGAUUGAAAUUGCCAAACCAACCAACAGAGGAGCUUAAAGAGACAUAUAGAAUGUUUGUGGAAUGUAAUUUGUCAUCCGAGACGAAUGUACAGAGUCCUUAUUUGCAUAAGAAGCUUACACGAUUUCGGAAGUUUCCUCAAUUACCCCCGGAGAUUCGGCAGAUGAUUUGGGAGUUUUGCUUUCCUAUCAGAACGGAGCUUCUAGAUCUUGUGGUAAAAAUGAUCGAUGGAGGAUGUAAAGAUCAAAGAGUUGAGUUACCCAAUACUUUACGAGUGUGUCGAGAAAGUCGAUAUAUGACAAACCUUCGCUACAAGAGAAUUCUUAAGCCGGUAUUGUCACAGGGAUCAAGAAGCACCUAUGGCGACCAGAUCUCUUACGACAAUCGCAAAAAGAAGUGGUCUCGACCAAGAGAGGUUUGCAUUGGCCCGCAUGAUACGUUAGCCAUCUCAGAAUUUGCUCCCCAAAGCAAGAACGGAGAGAAUUUGAAAUGGUUGGAUAGUAUGAACAAGAAGCUGCCCGGACUUCUAGAGGGUAUUCGGCAUUUGGAGGUUCGAGAUGUUCACAAACUUGCUGGCGAUCUCCCCGCACCCAUUCCUUUUCCCGCCAACUCUUCGAGUUUUGUUACCAUGGCUUUUACCAAAGGAAUAUUGGGCAAGUUUAAGAACCUCCAAACGCUCACGCUCACAAAUGUCGAGCCUGGUGCGAGAGGAAGGCCCUACAAUGAUGAAGAAAAAGCGGUGUUGAAAGAUAUGAUUUCUGAUUAUCUUAACAAAGCGAAAGGUGAUGAAGCCAAGCUUUUGGCCAAAGUAAAGAUCGAGCAUAGAGACUAUGUAGAGAUGGAAGGCCGACAGGUGGAGAAAGACAACGGCAGGCAAAACCUUGAGGACGAAUUCUUUUCAAAGAUGAUUACUCAUAUCGAUGACAGGUAUUGA